GAUGAUGAUUGCCUGAGCCUGUUACCACGCUGGCUGCAGCAGCUGUGCACGCCUCAGUCCUGAACUGUGCAGGGCUGGAGUAGGAGGCAGUGUUGCUCAGAGCCGAGCGAGGGUGGAUCUCUCUCCAUAGAAGCAAAAGGGAAGCUGUCAGUGGGAGAGAUGGAGCAGCCGUGUCUGAGAGCAACCUCCCUCUAAGGGAUCCUCUGGGUGUGUGCGUCCCCGUGCCUUGGAUUUCCGCCUGUGCCCCUAAGCUCAUGGCUGCUUUUACAGCCGUGCACAGCAGCUGGGUUUGUUCCAGUCUGUGAUCUCCAGAGACAAAGGCACUUCAGAGCCGGACGGACCCACGCCCAGCGACAGCUCCCUGGAGCUCCCUGCGUCGUCUGCAGCCGGGGGCUGUGUGUUUGUGCGGGUGAGAGCGCGAGCAGCCUAAAGAGACCGCUUCCUUGGCUCCAAAUUAACAGCUAGUAAUUUUCCACACCUCUCGGCUCCUUCCCUGACAAGUGGCUGGAAGGUUGGCCUGGGCCAUGGGAGACAAAGGAACCAGUGGUAACGAGAUGGCAGCCUACAAGUACAGAGUAUUUAAGAAAGCGAGUCCCAACGGAAAGCUCACCGUCUACCUUGGGAAGAGGGACUUUGUCGACCACAUAGAUGUUGUGGAUCCUGUUGAUGGUGUCGUGCUGGUUGAUCCAGAGUACUUAAAAGAAAGGAAAGUCUUUGUCACGCUGACAUGCGCCUUCCGCUACGGACGGGAGGAUCUGGACGUGCUGGGACUGACCUUUCGGAAGGACCUGUUUGUGGCCAACAUCCAGGCCUUCCCCCCGGUCCCUGAGGAGAAGAAACCCCUGACGCGACUCCAGGAGCGGCUGAUUAAGAAGCUCGGCGAGCAUGCUUACCCCUUCACUUUCGAGAUCCCUCCCAACCUGCCGUGUUCCGUCACACUGCAGCCUGGACCGGAGGACACGGGGAAGGCCUGUGGCGUUGACUACGAGGUGAAAGCUUUCUGUGCAGAGAACCUGGAGGAGAAAAUCCACAAGAGGAAUUCCGUGCGCCUGGUGAUCCGCAAAGUGCAGUACGCGCCGGAGCGACCGGGCCCCCAGCCCAUGGCGGAGACCACCAGGCAGUUUCUGAUGUCCGACAAGCCGCUGCAUCUGGAGGCGUCCCUGGACAAGGAGAUUUACUACCAUGGCGAGCCAAUCAACGUCAACGUCCACGUGACAAACAAUACAAACAAGACAGUGAAGAAGAUUAAAAUCUCAGUGCGCCAGUACGCGGACAUCUGCCUGUUCAACACUGCUCAGUACAAGUGCCCCGUGGCUGUGGAGGAGGCAGAUGAUGUGGUGGCUCCGAGUUCAACGUUCUGCAAAGUCUACACGCUGACCCCCUUUCUCGCCAACAACCGGGAGAAGCGGGGCCUGGCCCUGGAUGGGAAGCUUAAACAUGAAGACACCAAUCUGGCUUCCAGCACGUUACUAAGAGAUGGAGCCAAUAAGGAGAUCCUGGGAAUCAUUGUCUCGUAUAAAGUGAAAGUGAAGCUGGUGGUGUCUCGGGGAGGCCUGCUGGGAGAUCUUGCAUCCAGUGACGUUGCGGUGGAGCUGCCUUUCACACUGAUGCACCCCAAGCCCAAGGAAGAGCCCUUGCACCGGGAUGUUCCAGAGAAUGAAGCUCCCAUAGAUACAAAUCUCAUAGAGCUUGAUACAAAUGAUGACGACAUUGUGUUCGAAGACUUCGCCCGACAGAGACUGAAGGGCAUGAAAGACGACAAGGAGGAAGACGAGGAGGGGACAAACUCGCCGCAGCUGAAUGACAGAUAAACGGGAUUCUUUUAACUAGUUUUGUUUGUUUCCAGUAACAUCUCUGCAGUAGGCUUCUUAUAUUUUGUAUGAUUUUUUUUUCUACAUGUACCGGGAGCCUAUGGAUCACCCAGAUGGUGACGGCAAUUAUAACCUUACAGCUGUGCCAUGUUAUCACUGUGCAUCUAGCUACCUAUGCUGAAGUCUCGUCAGCUGUCUCGAGAACGAGCACAGGGCGGUGGGCCAGAUCCCAAGGGGAACUGCAGCAAUCAGGUGUCACCGACGCUCAGCACCCCUUAGGAUUUGGCCCCCCUCUAGUCCCUAGCCCUGUUUUCACUCUGGAGCAGCUGCUCUCAGCCUUUCGUAUGAUCUGCAUCUUUUAUGCAUUUUAUAUAAUCCACACAAGACAAAUCUUUGUUACAGGGGUGGGAGGAAGGGGUGGGGCGGACAACGCCUGUGAAAGGGGUUUAUUUUCUAGGCAAAUUGUUUUCACUGCAGAUGGGACAGUGUAUAAAGUGGGCACAGUGCUAAACCCUGGCUGGAGAACAGUUGUGACGCCAAUCUGCUGACCGCACUGAGUCCUGGGCU